UCAACGUUCGCGCGCGCGCCUUUAUCAAAAACCAGAUAAUGCUUCCGAAGUCGAACAAUAAUAAAAUCACUUAAAAUAAACCGUUUAUCGACCACAAGCCACAACACUGGCGACCUCCGCGCCGCGAACAUCCUUUGUUCACAGAAAAAAAAUAAAAAUUAAAAAAUAAACAAAAUCCGCGCCAUUCCGGUUUCGUUCCCGCGCCGAUUCGGCUCCGUAAUGAAAUAAAAAGUUUACUGACGGGAACAGUAAAUACUCAUAGUAAGUUUGUCAACAAUAUUGCGAUGUUUUUAUUAAAUAUUAAAACAAUCAUUGUAGAUAGUAGAAUGUUGUUAGUGUGAAUAGUUGUUAGUGCGUGUCAACAGAGUGCAUAAAAAGUGACAGUGCAGUAAGUGAGUGGAAUUAAUCGUGUAGAGUUGUCCACGAUUAAAGUAUUAGCACCACUUUCGUUUGCUCGUGUAUCCGGUUCUUUAGCCAUCGCCAUGGUGCCCAACCACUGGGCGCUGGUCGUGUUGCUGGUGCAACUGGUGAGAUGCAGCGAAAACGAUUAUCUAGGACCAGAGCCAGCAUGGGGUUACAAAUGCAUCGCAGAAGAAGGCUGCCAACGCUCUGACAAGCCAAUCACGGUCUCUGAUACCACACUCUUCGAUAGCUUGGACUUAUGUCGGACGGUGUGUGGUCGAUUCGGCGGGAUCUGGCCGAGACCUGUCACUGCUGCGAUUAGCAUGCAGACUGUGAAGAUACACCCUAAUUAUUUGAGGUUUGACCUCAUAGACGUGCCAGCUGAAACUCGCGCUAUCCUCGUGAAAAUGACCCACGUGGUCACCGCGAAUCUCAUGGCGGAGUGUGGCGGCAACGUGACAGAACUGGUUGAGACACCGGUGGUUGUCUACACCUCAGUCAAGUCCGCGGACACCAGUCUCACGUGGGCCACCGAUGAGCAUUACGCCUUGGAUGUCCAGAUAAAGGAGGGCACAGUCGCCGUCCACAUAUUCGCCGAAACCAUCUACGGCGCUCGCCACGCGCUCGAAACCUUCACCCAGCUAGUCGCAUCAGACCGACCCGAUUUCCCCGCUCACGCCCGUUGCGGACUCCGUCUAGUCUCCGGCGCUAAGGUCCGGGACAGACCAGUGUACAAACAUAGAGGGUUGACCCUGGAUACUUCCAGAAACUUCAUACCGAUGGAAGAUAUAAAGAGGACGCUGGAUGGCAUGGCAGCGACGAAGAUGAAUGUGUUUCAUUGGCAUGUGACGGAUUCACAUAGUUUCCCGUUGGAGUCGACGCGGAUUCCGCAAUUUACAAGAUUUGGAGCUUAUUCAGACUCCGAGGUAUACACAAGAGAAGAAGUAAAGGAUUUGAUAGAAUACGCUAAAGUACGAGGCAUCCGCGUCGUCAUCGAAAUCGACGCGCCUGCUCACGCCGGCAACGGCUGGCAAUGGGGCAAGCAAGCCGGUUACGGGGACCUAGCCGUCUGCGUAAACGAGAAGAAUUGGCGGAUGCUAUGCAUCCAGCCUCCUUGCGGGCAACUCAACCCUGCUAAUCCAGCAAUGUACCGAGUACUCAAAGAUUUGUACAGGGACAUCGCUGAGGUUCUACCCAAGCCUGCGCUAUUUCAUAUGGGAGGCGAUGAGGUAUUCUUCAGCUGCUGGAACUCCUCAGAGCAGAUCGUCAGCUACAUGCGAGACAAAGGUUUCGAGACAAACGUGGACGGUUUCAUCCGCCUCUGGGCAGAGUUCCACGCUAAAGCCCUGCAGAUUUGGGACGAGCAGCUCAAAGAGGCUACUGGGGAAGACAAGCAGCCGGUCAUGCUGUGGUCUUCGGAGCUGACUAACCCGCAGAGGAUACAGAGAUAUUUGGACAAGGAGAGAUACAUCAUCCAAGUCUGGGAACCAGUGGAGAGCCCCCAGCUGGUCCAACUCCUGCGGCUCGGCUACCGCGUCGUCUCCGUGCCAAAGAACAUCUGGUACCUCGACCACGGGUUCUGGGGCAAAACCACCUUCUCCAACUGGCGGAGGAUGUACGCCCAUAUGCUGCCUAGCAGUGAGACUGGGGUGCUAGGAGGAGAGGUUGCUAUGUGGACGGAAUAUGUCGACCAACAUGUUCUUGACACCCGGAUCUGGCCGCGAGCAGCCGCAGUAGCCGAGCGUCUGUGGUCGGAUCCGACCUCCGGCGCGAACGCCGCCGAGCCGCGCAUGCAGCGCCUGCGCGCGCGACUGGUCGCACGCGGCCUGCGACCUGACGCACUGUCGCCCGCGUGGUGUAGCCAGCACGACGGACGGUGCUUAUAGUAUUACUUUAUACCUCUAGACUCGGACUGCCCGGAAAGUCUUAAAUGAGAUGGUUCUACCAAGUUGUCGAACAUGUGUGAAGUUAGUGUGACAGGUGGGGCAGGUGACGCUACCAUACAUACUUAAUAUAAACUUUUGUGGGAGGUGGCGUGACAACAAGGCCUGCGACUAGACGCAGUUUCGCCCGCGUAAUGCAGCUCACACGACGGACGGUGCUUAUAGUAUUACUUUAUACCUCUAUAUAAUAAGUAGACUCGGACUGCCUGGAAAGUCUUAAAUGAGAUGGUGCUACCAAUCUGUCGAAGAUGUGUGAAAUUGGUGAAAAAUAAGUAAUAUGAACUUUUGCGGGAAGUGACGCGACUGACUCGCAAGAGACCUGCGACCAGACGCACUUUCGCACGCAUGGUGGAGCCAACACGACGGACGGUGCUUAUUGUAACACUUUAUACAAUACUUCUAGAUUAGGACUGCCUGAAAGGUAAGUUAAGUAAGAUCAUAUAUUAAAUAUAAGAAGAUCAUACUAUACAUUAAAAUGCGACCGCCUAAGAACGCACAUACACUACACCACACAGAUGGCGCCACAAAAAAUAUCUUGUAGCUUUCGAUUAUACUUGUAGAUGGCGUUAAGUGUCACUUUUGACAUAAAUUUAUGGCUCUAAAGUGACACUUAACCCCUCGUAUGGGGCCUGUCAAUUUUGGUCAUUGAAAUAGUGACCUUGACAUUUAAAGCAAUAUAUUAAAAUUCCCACGCACGGAUCCGUGUCUAAGCAUACGAGGGGUUAACGCCAAUC